AAAACAAUAAAAAUACAUUCAACAAAGUAAGAGGGUGGCUGACUGAAUAAUGUUUUUAUGCCACGGUGAAUUUCUAUAAACAGUAAUGUAAAAUAAAUUGUUAUAAUUGAUAGUGAAUUAGUUAAGGGUCAACGAUCAAAGGAUAUUUGGAAUGGGUUUCUUUGGGAGUUUAUAAUAAAGGCUGUCUCAAUCUUAGCACAGUAUUGAUUUGCAUUGGGUUGGGUGUGCCAGUGUGAUCUCGUUAAUGUGCAGGUUAAUACAGCAGCACCUUCAUAUCCAGCGAGCAGGACACAGAGACAGACAGCAGCUACUCCACUCUCUAGUAAUCGAGUCUGCUGUGAUGGGGGAGAGGGGAUUGCUUAUCCUUCUGCUUGCAGGACUAUGUGGGCCUGCUUCCAAUCAGAUCAGAAAACAUGUGUUUGUGCCAAUUACACUGAGCUGGUCUCUAGCUCAGACCUACUGUAGACAGCAACACACAGACCUGGCCACUGUGCGCAGCCAAGAAGAAGCAGAGCAGCUCUUAACUCUUUCAGAAUUCUCUCUCAUUGAUUCUGCCUGGAUCGGGUUGUAUCGUGAUAACACACAGAACUGGAAGUGGUCUAACAGCGAUGAUGUCAUCUACUCCAACUGGAACAGUGGGGAACCAAACAAUGUGUUUGGCAUUGAGAAUUGUGUGAUUAUGAGCCUAAGGAAUGGUCUGUUUACAUCCAGAGGUAAAUGGGUUGAUGUGGUUUGCGGCGGGAUCCUCCCCUUCUUCUGCUAUGAGGAUAUAAAACCUACAAACCUCUCCGCUCUGAUCAUUCAAAAUCAAGAAUCCUCAAGCCUCCCCUCCACUCUGAUCUCUCAAGAUCCAAACCCCUCUGACCUGCCUUCUACACCGGCCUCUAAAGAUCCAAACCCCUCUGACCUGCCUUCUACACCGGCCUCUAAAGAAGCAGAACCCUCAAGCCUCCCCUCCACUCUGAUCUCUCAAGAUCCAAACCCCUCUGACCUGCCUUCUACACCAGCCUCUAAAGAUCCCAAACCUUCAAGGCCUCCUUCAACACCAGUCACUAAAGAUCCCAAACCUUCAAGGCCUCCUUCAACACCAGUCACUAGAGAUCCAAACCCCUCUGACCUGCCUUCUACACCGGCCUCUAAAGAUCACAUGGCAAUCGGAAGGGUCAAACUUACUGCACCAAAAGGAAUGAAUCUUGAAGACCCCAAAGUGAGCGAAGCCAUUUUAGAGCAGAUUCGGGAGUACCUCUCCAAGAAUUUUCCGAUGGAAGGCGUUAAGAUGCGCUGGAGAAAACAAGACGGAGAGAUUUUCCACAAGGAUGAGGAAGAGGAGGAGACGUCCUCCGAGCCGUGAGAUACCAUUGCCGGCAGCGGGGUUCGGGGCAUUUUGCCAUUGGUCUCUAUUAUAAACAUGCCAAACUUCUUAAAUUUUGUUAAAAAAGUGAUUUGAUUUCUUAAUAUUUUAUUUCUUUGGUGGAUAGUAUCAGGGAAAAUUGAUUCAGGGUGGGAAUAAGGUUUAAUCAGGGCUUUUGAGUGUGUGUUUAAUUUUAUAUUAGUAACUACAACGAAACUGUCAAUAAAAUCAGGUUUAUUGAGGGUGUGUUUGUUGUUUCAAUUUUCUGUGUAUUUUUAUAUGAUAAUUCAUAUAUAUAUAUAUAUAUAUAUAUAUUAGUUACUUGUGCAAUCGAGUGAUGCAAGCUAUUUCACUCAAUGUUUUUUCUUCUUUAUGCAAGUCAAGGUUGUUAUAAUAGUAGAACACACUAGUGGAGGCUUUGAGUAAAUUGUUGAUGCUCAUAAUGCAUCAGAGUAGAAAAUUGCAACAUGGCUAAGACUUUUGCUUCAGUUGAGCUAUCAUUUAAAUUAGGUGUAUUUCAGGUGUUUUAGUUUUAUAUUAAUUUUACAUUAUCUACUGGUGUGCAACAGUUUUUAUAUUUAAGUAAUGGUGAGUGUUUUCAUUUGAUAACAUUUCCAAUAUAUAUUACGUUAGUUACUAGAGCAACUCUGUUGUUUUAUUAAAGCUUUUGAGUGUGUGUUUUAAUUUUAUAUUAAAGUGACUACAACCGUUUAUUUCAACCUUUGAAAAAUAUAUCCAGUGUGAUUACAAUCUAAGUAGGCCACUUUCCCCAUUUCAUAGCAGCAGUCAUAUUGAUUAUGAAUGACAGACAAGGGUCAGGCAUACAGCAGAUGAAGAAUAUUCUUACUUGCACAUGAUCCUAACAUGAAAGGAGUUUGACAGCUCUUGAUCUGAGCCUCUGGCGAAGUUCUGAGCAGGAGCUGCAAGGGAGUCUGGGUAAGCUAGACUAGUUGCCCUAGUGCAGGGGUCAGUAACAUUGACCCUUCCAGUCCAGGUCUUUGUUCCAACCAUGUCCUUAAUCACUACCUGGAUGAAUGGCCCUCCAGGACUGGAGUUGUCUAUCACAAUGGAAGCAAUCCUGCAGCACAGUUUAAGAGUGGUGGCGCCCCCUGUGGGCUUUAUAAUCAGCCUGUAUUUAAAAAGAAACACCAGCAUGUAGAGUGAAAGGACUGCUGUUUAUUAACCCAAUGUUACAUGACAGGAAACUGAUCAAGAAUGAUCUAUAAAACUCUACAUUAGCCAAAUUAACUGAAGAUCUUGCUUUAUAAAUCAAACCUGUUGGACAAACACUUGACAUGAUAAUGUAUUGAAAGAGAGUUAUACAAUAUUGUGUUUAUAAUGAAAAACAUACAAAAUGCUUAAAAACUUGUUCUGGUUACUUUGUAUGAAUAUAAAUAGAUAGUACCCUGGAUAAAGAAACUAGGCAUUUCUCACUGUUCAUAUUCUGUA